GCUAAUCCACGCCCAGUUCUUGCCUUCUCGGGACCUGUUUUCCCCCCUUUCUUUCUUGUUCGUGCAAAAGUUUCAUGGAUUCGUGAUGUUCUCCGUUCCUAGAUUCGGCGAUUCCGCGGAUUGGUGGUUUCAGUUCGGGACUAUUAGAGUGGAUUCGGCGAUCCUCAAUAGUUUUUUUUUAAAAAAAACUCCUGAAUAGUAGGCAGGUUAAACCAGUGUUGCGUCUAUCAGGGUUGUGGGUUGUAGCAUAAAGAAACGGGGAAAUAUUGACUAUUGCCAUGAGAUGAUUUUUUUUAGCAACUAUGGGAUGAUGAUGAGAGCUAAAUUGUAUGGUUGGCGUCGGAGGCGAUUACAAAUUCUGGACCUACCACUCUAGUUCAACGUCGGAGGAUCCGUUUCCGUUGAGGCAUCGAUGCAUCAACCACCGUAUCAACUAGGACUUAACCACUUUAUGUGGUUGAUAUGUCAAGUAGUUGGUCACAAAGUCGGUCCUUGGAUCUUCACACCAACAGAUGUUGGGAGGUCGGAUCAUGGUUGUGUAAGGAUGGUAUCUCCAAGUAGGACUGUGGUUUGAGCAUUCUGCUGUACAUGUCCUCGAUCCUGAGAAGCUUUUUUGUUGAUGGUGGCUAGCGCUUAUAUUUUUUGCCAGGUGCCAACAGUUGAGAAUGGUACUGAAGUGCCUGAGGAGAUGCUGCUGUUGCAGUGCAAAGCACACAGAUGGCGAGGACAAGAUUGAUUUCGGAGGUAGCAAUGUUCAUGUCAUUACUAGCAAAGAAAACUGGGACCAAAAAAUUGAAGAGGCAAACAAGGAUGGGAAAAUUGUGGUAGCAAAUUUCAGUGCUUCCUGGUGUGGGCCAUGCCGGGUCAUCUCGACUGUUUAUGCUGAGAUGUCGCAGACGUACCCACAGCUCAUGUUCUUGGCAGUCGAUGUUGACGAGUUAAUGGAGUUCAGCUCGUCGUGGGACAUCCGGGCGACCCCGACGUUCUUCUUCCUGAAGAACGGGCAGCAGGUGGACAAGCUGGUCGGCGCCAACAAGCCCGAACUGGAGAAGAAGGUUGCCGCGGUCGCCGGCGACCGCGACGGCAACGGCGGCGCGGUGCCUGACGCCAAGUGACAGGAUGACGGUGUGGGCGGAUAUCAUGUCGCUUCUUUUCCGCCCCGUUGCGUAGCCGCAUUGAUCUGUGCGAUACCUUCCCCGAUGUGCAGACUGUACAGCUCCUUCUUGGUGAUGACUGAUGACGUAAGCAUGUAAGUAUUGGUUUCUGUGGUAGCAACUGGUUGCAAGUGCACACAUGAGUUCAUUGCGUUGCUAUUUGUAUA